AUGAGAGGAUUACCCGAUAUGCAGGACAGAGAUGAGAAUCAUAUUGAAAAGCAAUGGCAGGCUGCUUGCGCUGAGAGGGGGGACCCGGAUACGGAUACGAAGGCUGCGGGCUUGGGGUUGAGAGGGGAGGAGGAUAGGGAUGGAGAUGCAAAUGGGGAUAUAGAUCAAGUGGGCAAUCUGCUAGAGAGAUGCGAUGAGGUGGCGGGGAAGGUAAAUGGGUUUCUGGAAGAACAGUUUGGAGAGGAGGAAGAGGUUUUGAGGGGGGUACAGCAGCAGACGAGGGUUGCGCUGGGGGUCAUUAGGGAGUGUUUGGAACGGUAUAGUCUAGAAGAAAUAUCAUUUUCCUACAACGGCGGAAAAGACUGUCUGGUCCUACUGAUCCUGCUCCUCACCGCGCUCUCCAAUCACCAAUCCACCUCAUCCUCCUCAUCGGAAUCUAAACCCCUCCCCCCCGCUCUCCCCUCCGUCUACAUCCUCUCCCCGCAUCCCUUCCCUGAAGUCGACACCUUUGUCGCCUCCUCUUCCGCACACUACCAUCUCCAACUCUCGCGCUACGCGUCGCCGAUGAAAGAAGCAUUCACGCAAUACUUACACGAUCACCCGGUUGUGAAGGCGAUUUUGGUGGGCACCCGAAGGACAGAUCCGCAUGGUGCGGAUCUGACGCAUUUUGAUUUGACGGAUGGGGGAUGGCCGCGGUUUAUGAGGGUGCAUCCGGUGAUUGAUUGGCAUUAUCGGGAGAUUUGGGGGUUCAUCCGCCACCUCAAUAUCCCCUACUGUCCGCUCUACGAUCAAGGCUACACCUCACUCGGAGGCACAACCGAUACGCAUCCGAAUCCUGUACUAGUCGCUGAGGAUAGCAAGGGAGAAGGAGAGGGAGAGAUAAAAUUCCGGCCUGCGUAUGAAUUGGUAGAGGAUGAAGAAGAGAGAUUGGGGAGAGAUUAUUAG